AGUAGUGCAUUGCUGUUGUAGUUUUUCAACAGAUUCUUGCCACACUCAAAUACGAUCAAUAGCAAAAAAUAAGGUUGAGUUACUUUCAGCUCUAAAAGUUAAAUACGGAAUACGGCAAAUCGGGAUAACCAUGGCAACAAAUACGAUAGACGAAAUGAAUGCAAUUAUUAGAGCAAUGGAUCGACCAAGAAGAGAAAAGUACGAUUCUAGAUCUCCUCGACCAAACCCAAUUGGAAUGCAUUCUUCAACGGACCCCAUUGCGGCUCUCGAACGGCGAUUAGAAUUUUUGGAACAUCGAGUAGACGUCUUGUCUAGAGCUAAGCAGGCGACGCCCGCACGAAGACCCCAAACGUUGGAAGGUCUCUGCUGUUUGACAACAGAGACUGUCGUGGGAGCCGCUCCACAAUCGCAGCCACGCACACAACCAUGGAUGAAAUAUGGGACUAAGACAUCGAGUGGAAUGGCCGUCAACAGCUCUUACAAACCUCCGGUGCCACCUCGGCACACUUCAUCAGCCUCACAAACCAUUCUACCACCUGUUACGGCUGCUAGUGGCGAACCGAUAAAAUCGGUAAAAAUACCCUUCUUUAGACGUAAAUCCGUAUAAAGCAGAAGGUAAUCUUUAGUUUUGUUUAAU